UGGGUAGUCUGGGAGGCUGGGGAGGAGUGUUGUGGGUAUGACUCACGCCACAAGCUCGAGCACCAUGAUAACAUUUGCAGAAAGAAGGAAAUAGCUGUCACCUUGGGUCUUAAGCACGCAUGCAGCCCUGCCAAGCUACAGUCUGUAAGGCCAAGACUCUCAGCGGCAGUGUGAGUGGGACAAAGUAGACAAGGUGAACGAAGAGUUAUGUCCUACUACGCCGUUAUGAUUGGAGUCUCGCCCUGGCCUCUCCUCUGGGUCUCACUGGUUAUCAGGACGACACCCACGAAGGAGUAAGUACGUGAAUCGGAGACCUAAACCAACAAAGUUCAACACAAACCAGGACAAACACCACCGCUGCAGCACCUAAACAUGCAUAUCAAGGGUCGACGUACAGAAGAAGACGCUGACUGCAAGAUGGAGACCAAGAUGAAGAUUCUGGGAGAUCCGUAUGUGACAGAGAACCAGAAGAACAGUUCCCAGGAGAAAGAACAAAUACUUGACAGGGAUGAAGCUCGCGGCAUAUGGUCAGUUCUCCGCAGAAACAAGGUGUUGGUGGGUGCCGUGGUAUUGCUGCUUGUGCUGGCCAGUGUCGGGGCAGGCGUGUCUCUGGCCUCUUCAUCUUUUAUUCUUCACCACCUUGGCUUCACCUCCAAGGGGCUCACCAAGAAGUCCUUCGCCUCCAGACUCAUGUCCUCCACUUCCCAGGCGAACAACCACACCGUACCGCAAGACAGCUGGGUGUCGUGGCUGCAGAAGGCGGGGCAGAAGGGGCUGACCACUGAGCACCAGGCUUACUUCGCGACAGGAGGAGCCAUCGUCGGGGUGGCGGCGGCGGCGGCGGUGGUGAUGGUGGCUGUGGUGGUGUCCCGUGUGCUGCGGCGGUGCAGACAAUAGUCAUCUCAGAAGAACCGUCCAGCCUGACGCCAGCCACCGGGAACACGUCUGAAAGGUUAACCCAUCCAUUACACAAUCACACUUUCCAAACUUCCUAAAACAGAGACAGAUAGGAGGAAAACAAUUCUCACAGAUGUACAAAGAUGAUAUAAUUUUUAGCUCCUUGAUUAUGAAAAAUAUCACUCUACUUAAUGAAAUCUGGUACUGGCAUCCAAAGUAUAGUGAGUCUGAUGCUGCAGUACUGAAAGGGUUAGAUACGAGGCAGACCUCAAGAGAUUAUUACAAUAGAUUCUUUGUGAGAGGAGAUGAUUUUUUAGUGAAGGACAGUGGUGUUUUCUGUGGCGCGCCUUGCCUGAAGCCACGGUGUCUUAUGUGGGCUGUGAACAUGUUACUUUAUACUCAUUACUUAUUUAACCAGAAGGAAAAUUUGCAAGAAACAAUAUACACAAUGUAUACCAACGUAGAUUAUAACAAAAUAUAUCGGUUUCCUGUAAUUCUCAUAAAUAAACAAGAAAAUAUCA